CUGAGAAACAAGUAAAAUAAUUUUAAAUAUUUUUUUAGUAACUUUUUGUUUCAAGCUCCCAUGGCUAAAAUUCCAAUUAGGCAGCUUUUGAGCUGGGCAAACCAUAUAUUACAGUCGGAGUUCGAAUCGCUCGAUGAGUUCAACACAGGGGCAGCAUACAUCCAAAUUUUGCAUAGCAUAUUUCCGAAGGAAGUUCCGAUUAGUAAAGUGCGAUUUAUUGCGAAUUAUCAGUACGAGGUUGAUUCGAACUUCAUGCUCUUGAAGAAUGUCUUUAAGACAUUAAAUCUGAGCUAUCCUCUAGAAAUAAGGGAGUUAAUUCGAGGUCAGCGACACUAUCGCCUUUUAAGCUGGCUUCGCGACCUUUACCAAAAACACGAUACUGGCGCUCCAUAUGAUGCACUGGCGGCUAGAAAAAAUCAACCGAUUGGCUUUUGUCGCGGGUAUAACAACGCUCUUCGGAAGACUACACGUCUCGGCAGCUCCACCCAGAGCCUAACGAGCAAUACCUCUACAGGAAGCCGCUACGAAUCGGGUGUACGAGGCAACAUCCAAAGCACUCCUAACCGGAAUUUACCCAAGCGCAUCCCAAAACCGAAGCAAAAAGCCGUGGAAAGCUCAGAUCCAUCUGCUUGUGGUGACGAUAAGCCAAAGUCUGAUAUGCAGCGCGAGUUGUCGGCACUCAGAGCAUCGAAAGAAGAUCUUAAUCGAAAGAUAAACAAGGUAAAAUACUUUGCCACCAGGAAGGAUUGGCUCGAUACCCCAGACGUGGCUAUUGACGCAAUAAGGAGCUACCUCUGUAUCGACGACCAGGUCAAGAGUACGGGCAACGGCAACGGUGACGGUGAUAGCCCUACAGCAUUUGUGCAGGAGCAAUCGGAUCAUUCGGAUCAAUCUGAUUCGAUAUCCAAAACCACUCCUUAAGGCCAAGUCAAGCCGAAAUGUCACAAAAAUUAUCCCGAGUGCAAAUAGUAAUACAAUCACAAUCGCGAUCGCAAUUACAAAUCUUCGACAAUUUUAAAAAACUCAUUUCAAUAGCCCAAAACAUUUUUAACAUCCAAAG